AUGGCGAGCCAAGUGAUGGAGUAUGCGACGCAAGUUAUCGCACUACUUGCUAUUUACAGUCUUCUCUCGGAUCUCUUGCUCCUAAUUGCGCUGGUGAUCCUAGUCGGCGGUUUUACGGCUAUCAAUCGCUUUGCCCCUGAGCCCAUGCAGGUCGGUAACCAUGUCGUUACGCAGAAGAGCCUGUACGCGAUCCUGUUCGUCGUUGUCUUCGUGCUUCUAUGGUUCGCUCAGCCAUUCGCCCUUAUUUUCUGGCUCGUUGGUAGUAGCGCAUUGUUGAUCCUAGGACAUGCUGCGUUCAUCGAGCCACCUGUGUCGAGCGAAUAUGCUGGCGUUGAGUCUGUCUAA